AUGGCUACAAUAUCUGCUCAGGAAAUCCUAGUAUCGGAGCUCCCCACAAAGUCAGUUACAUUAACUUCUAUCAGAGCAACUGUUGUACGCGAAAUCCAAACUACGAUCCAGCCGGGCCAAAAUGAAGUCACAUUCUACGGCCUGGAUCCGAGUGUUGAUGUGGAUUCUAUCCGCAUCGAAGGUACCGGUCCAGCAACUGUAACGGAUAUCCAAACGCAGAUUGUUCCACGACGGGAAUCCUUUACGGAUGUGUAUUCAGAUGACCCAGACUCGGAAAGUAGCAGUGGAAACGACGAAGAUCCCGAUAUAGACUCCAAAUUCGAUGACUCGGAGUUGCAGUCUGUACGGAAUAAAAUAGCACAAGCCCAAGCGACGCAGGCUAAUGCCACUAAUAACAGGGCCAUGGCUGUGUCAAUGUUGGAGUUUUUAGACGGAUACGGCAAGGCCAUGAGGCCUGAAACAACAGAUCUUACUAAGGUCAAUGAUUUCCUGCAGCUAUACAUGGGCCAGCGCUCUGAGGCAAGUGAGCGACAUCACAAAGCCGAGGUGGAGCUCCGUGAGAUAGAAAAAGAAUUAGAGCUGCUUCAGAAGAAACAGGAACUACUCGAAUCAAAACAGCGGAAGGCUCAAGACGCUGCCUUGAAGGAAGUUCGCAGAAGCCGCGCGAAGCUCAAGCGCGAGCGCGCACAAAAGCGUGCAGAGAGGAUGCGGAAGAGAAACGAGCGGCGGAUGUUUUUUACCGCAGAUAUUGGGCAGGUGGUGGUGUAUCUUGAUGGCCAUUCUUCAUCAACACCUGGAUCGAGUCGACGCAGCUCGAUCAUGGACAAGCCGCUCGUAGAGCAUUCAGGAAGUAUCAGCGAACCAGCCAAUGUGACGCUCUCUCUUAGCUAUGUGGUGCCGUGGGCGAGCUGGACGCCACGCUACGAAUUGAGUAUCAAUACACCUUCAUCGACGGCUCGGAUGGCAUAUCGUGCUGAAUUCCGAAAUUCCAGCACUGAGACGUGGCGAGACACUCGAGUCACACUGUCCAAUUCGCAGGCAUCCUUCUCCGGCCUCCAGGAGCGUAUUCCCUCCCUACAGCCAUGGCAUAUCCAGCUAGACACAACAUGUAAGGAGAAUAAGGACCAACCGUCAUGGGGGAGAAUCCUGCGCGGUGGAGGCGAGACUGCUGAUUAUCAGACACGGGUGAUGUUGUUAGAGCAGAGGAAAAGGGAACUCUUGCAAGAGCGACAACGGCAAGCGUCGAUUCAAGCACCUCCACCAGCAGCUUCGGGGGACCUUGCCGUGUCCCAACUGUUUAGACAAUCACAGAAUGCAUCUCUCCCAGCGGCUCCACAGAACCAGUGGGUAAGUCAGUCUCAACAGCAAGCAGCACUUCAAGCACCGCAGCAUGCAACUCCAGGGGGUAUUUUCGGAUCCUUCGUGUCCCAACAGAGAAGUCAGCCAUCUCCACAAGCAGACCAGCCAGCAACUCCAGGGAGUCUUUUCGGAGCCGGAGGAUCCCAACAGAGGAGUCAGCCAUCUGCACAAGCACACCAGCAAGCAACUCCAGGGAGUCUUUUCGGAUUCGGAGGAUCCCAACAGAUAGGUCAGCCAGCUCCACAAGCACACCCAUUGCCAUAUGGGCCCUCGCUUCCAGCAACGCAAACAAUGAUCGGACUAGAGCCAGCAUUCGGUGUUGAUGACGAGGAAGAUGAAGACCGUCAGUCUGUCUCAGCCGAUUUGGAACACGAGGAUUCCAUCAGGCAAGACUACGGGCUAACCACAGCAUACGAUCUUCCCGGCCGUCGCACCUUGGUUCCCUCGACCGUCAGCCGACGCCAUGUUCUGGCUGAACUGGACCUCAAAUCCGUGUCACUCUCGUAUCUCAUUGUGCCGAAACACCGCGCCGCUGCCUUCCUCCGGGCACGCAUCAAAAACACGUCGCCCGUGAAGAUCCUGCGCGGCCGAGUGGGUAUGUCAGUAGACGGCGUGUUCCUCGGUAGCGCGAACAUGCCCAACUGCGCGCCCAAUGACUUCUUCAAUCUCUCCUUGGGAGCCGAUCCUGCUAUCCUGGUGAAAUAUUCCAAGCCCAGCGUUCAGCGCAUGACGGCGAGUUUCUUCGCCAAAGAAGAAGGGGCGGUGUUCCGGCGCAGCUGCUGGAUCAAAAACACCAAAAACACGGCUGCAGACCUCGAUGUGAUGGACCAGGUGCCACUGAGCGAGAGUGAGAAGUUGCGGGUGCACAUCCUCCAGCCGGCGGGAUUGGAAAAGGAAGGGGAUGAGACGACCUUUCCCAUGACUAGUGGCACGGGGAAGGGAAUGGCAGUGAUGGGGAAGACUGGGGAGGUUAAAUGGACGAUCCGGUUGGAGCCUGGCAAAGAGGUGCGAACAGUGUUGGAGUAUGAGGCGCGAGUGCCAAGUGGGCGUGAUGUGGAUACAUCGAAUGGCAUUGAUACUACGGAGUAA